AUGGAUAAAGCAAAAGCAAAAGGAAAAGUUUGUGUAACCGGAGCUUCAGGCUUCUUAGCUUCUUGGCUUGUGAAGAGGCUUCUCCUUGAGGGAUAUGAAGUUAUCGGAACAGUCAGAGAUCCAGGAAAUGAGAAGAAACUCGCGCACCUUUGGAAGUUGGAAGGGGCAAAGGAGAGACUCCGGUUGGUGAAGGCCGAUUUAAUCGAAGAAGGAAGUUUUGAUAACGCCAUAAUGGGAUGCCAAGGAGUUUUCCAUACCGCUUCUCCUGUGCUUAAACCUACCUCUAAUCCAGAGGAGGAGAUUUUGAAACCAGCCAUAGAGGGCACACUGAAUGUACUGAGAUCUUGCCGGAAGAAUCAGUCCCUGAAGCGCGUGGUUCUCACCUCGUCCUCUUCAACGGUCAGGAUCAGAGAUGAUUUUGAUCCCAAAAUCCCUCUUGACGAAUCAGUUUGGACCUCUGUUGAACUCUGCAAGCGUUUCCAGAUCUGGUAUCCUUUAUCAAAGACAUUAGCUGAGCAAGCUGCAUGGAAAUUCUGUGAAGAAAAUGGUAUUGACCUUGUCACUGUUCUACCAUCCUUUCUCGUGGGACCUAGUCUGCCUCCUGAUCUGUGUUCUACAGCAUCCGAUGUCCUCGGAUUGCUUAAAGGAGAAACAGACAGGUUUCAAUGGCAUGGACAGAUGGGUUAUGUUCAUAUCGAUGAUGUGGCAAGAACUCACAUACUCGUUUUCGAGCACGAAGCAGCUCAAGGCAGAUACCUUUGCAGCUCUAACGUUAUCAGUCUAGAAGAACUAGUUUCCUUCCUAUCUGCUCGUUACCCAUCACUCCCAUAUAUCCCCAAGAGGUUUGAGAAACUAAAUAGGUUGCAUUACGACUUUGACACUUGGAAGAUAAAGAGUCUCGGGCUCAAGUUCAAGUCGUUAGAAGAGAUGUUCGAUGACUGCAUUGCCUCAUUUGUCGAGCAAGGCUAUUUAUCUCAUGUUGUUCCUUAA